GUGUCACAUCACUUUCGGUUCCGUAUUAAGUCGCGACCAUGUUAACUGGCGACCGACUUCCGAAUGCCGCCCCGGUUGCUCUUAGUUACGGCAGCUGUUUGUAGCAGGAGGGAGGCAUGUUAGCUGUCCACGCCGAUGCCGUGUCCCAAUGUUUUCAUAGUGUUUAGUCAUCUGUACGCGUCAGAGUCGCAGGCUGACGGUCGCAGGCUGACGGUGGGACUCAUCUGAAACUCUGGGUUGCAUGUACUGACUGACACUGUACCAUUGGCCUAAUACAUUAGAUUAACGUUUGCUUUUUUGUCCUUUAUAAUGUGUCUUCACACUGUAUGGCUCUGGUUAUGUCAUAUGGAGUAGAUCGCAAUCAGUGGUCACAAUCAGAUUGUUUACUAUGCGUCUUUCCUGUAUAACUCGCGCCCUCGUUGCUGCGCAUUGACGUUUUAAUAUUGGUCCUGUCUUUGCCACAAAAUCUUUUGAUGUCAUACGGAAAUGCUCACGGACAAGAAAACCAAUAGCGAGCACGCGCUGCUUAUAUGUUGAACUAGAGCAAACGUAUGAAUGAGACGCUGCUCCGCUUCCGCACAACGUUGAAGUGACCGUGACCGUUUGUUACAAACACGACACAAAAGACGAGUUAAAUGUGAGAUCUGACAACACAGUAACAACAGACACACGAUAGCAGCUGCUGGCGACAACAUAGCACAUGAAAACACGUUAUUAAACAACUGGAUUUAUCGUAACAUCGACUCAAAGUGGUCGCAAGUUAACCUGGCUGCUGCUGUUGUUGCGCGUGACCACCUUAUGCUUGUUAGAUACGACUAAUGCGGAGCGGUGAGAGACGAUCUACCUGUGGCUCAGUGGUUCCGUAUGUGGACGAACCAUGGUUUGGGCGCUGUUGAAUUAUUAAUUUAUUUCUAACGUCAAACCAACUUCACCGCGGUUGACAGCGCGCACCAUUAAAAGGCCAUUAAAGGCGCUCCUUUUGGUUUUAAUCUGCCAUGGAAACUAUCCUAACUAACCAGUGGUAUUUGUGAUGCCAGGUGUAUUAUAUUUGAAGUAAACAGCCCCUAUCGUUAUAGUUGAAGUGCGCGAUUCGUUCGAUACUUAAACCGGUAACGGUGUUGCGAUCGCAGAGAAGCGCCGAGAGACUCAUUCUAGUGAACAACGGAAGACUGAGAUCCAAUUCUUUAGAGCUAACAUCCUAAACAAACAUACUGUAAACUGCAAAAUAUCAGAAAUGAUGGAAUUUACUAUGCGUGUUUGCAAGACUCACUGAUGAAAUGUAUAAUAACAUAAUUCGCCUAUAUUGUAAAACUUGGCUUUAAAUAAAAUGUGUUCCUCAAUUUGAUAGAACACAGUUCCUUCACAGUACUACUUAGUACUUCAUGGACUACUACCACAGCAAAUAUGAACUUAUUUUACCGCAUCGUUUUGGAAUAAUCCAUUGAUAAAGUUUCUACAGUAAUAUGGGUUUAUAUAUUAUAUUAUAAAUAUUAUAUUUAACUGCAGCCCAGUGACUUUAAAACCCCAACAUGAAGCUAAGGACUCAGAUCCGUUCAACAUCCAUCCAUUCAUUUUCUAAACCGCUUAUUCCCUAAUGCGGGGUCACGGGGGUGCUGGAGCCUAACCCAGCUGACUAUGGGCGAGAGGCAGGAAGAUGAGCAAUUGUGUGAAAGAAGAGGACGGAGCAGAACCUCCAGGAUCCAGAUGUGUGUCUAUGAAGAAUGACAGGACCAAAGAUGAGCCUCAAUCAUUCAGUCCUAAACCUGGAGCCUCAGACUCAAAAGGUCAGCACCACAAACAAAGAGCAGAACCUCUAGAAUCCAGCUGUCUGUCUUUGAAGAGUGACAUGUCCAAAGAUGAUCCUCCAAACCUCAGUCAUGAAUCUGGAGCCUCGGACACAAGAGGGAAGAGAAGGAGUCGUGUCCCUGUGGAGGAGCAGCCGCCCUACUGUGCUGUGUGUCAGGAGGUUCUGAAUGAUCCAGUCUCUAGCAGCUGUGGACACUGCUUCUGCAGACAGUGCUUCACCUCAUACUGGGACCAGUCUGGACCAGACUCCUCUUGUCCCCAGUUUGGGAAAAGAUUCAGAACCAGGGCUGGACUGCUGAUGGGUCAUGAGACCAGCACUGACCAAUUAGAUGUUGCUCUGCAGGAGGCUUUAGACAAACAUAAACUCAGUCUGAGGAGCAGAAGUGAACGUGUGACUGAAGGAGGUGAAACAGGAAGUGGAGUCCUCCUCACCAGCAUCUACACUGAGCUCUACAUCACAGAGGGACAGAGUGAAGAGGUGAACACCCAACAUGAGGUGAGGCAGCUGGAGACAGCUUCCAAGAAGAAGACCCUCCAUGAGGCUCCCAUCAAGGUCCACGACAUCUUUAAAGCCUCCUCUGACACACACAGACCCAUCAGACUGGUUCUGACCAAUGGCGUCGCUGGCGUUGGAAAAACCUUUUCUGUGCAGAAGUUUACUCUGGACUGGGCAGAGGGCCGGGAAAACCCAGAUGUCAGUGUGGUGGUCCUGUUCAGGGAGCUGAACCUGAUCAGAGAUCAGCAGCACAGUCUUCUCACGCUGCUCCAUGUUUUCCAUCCGACGCUCCAGAAGGUCCCAGCAGAGCAGCUCCCUGUCCUUAAGCUUCUGUUCAUCUUUGACGGCCUGGAUGAAAGCAGACUCUCACUGGACUUCAGCCACAGGGAGCUGGUGUCUGACGUCACACACACGUCAUCAGUCAACGUGCUGCUGACCAACCUCAUCCAGGGGAACCUGCUUCCCUCAGCUCUGGUCUGGAUCACUUCCCGACCCGCAGCGGCCCGUCAGAUCCUUUCUAUGUGUGUGGACCGGGUCACAGAAGUACGAGGCUUCACCGACACCCAGAAGGACGAGUACUUCAGGAGGAGAUCCAGCCACGAGGGGCUGUCCACCAGAAUCAUCUCACACGUCAAGACGUCCAGGAGCCUCCACAUCAUGUCUCAGAUCCCAGUGUUCUGCUGGAUCACUGCUACGGUUCUGGAGCACAUGAUGACCACAGAGCAGAGAGGAGAGCUGCCCAAGACCCUGACGGACCUGUACUCAUAUUUCCUGCUCGUCCAGACCAAGAGGAAGAGGAGCAAGUACCAUGAGGGACGUGAGACAAGUCCACAGGAGCUGACGGAGGCUGACAGGGAAGUUCUCCUGAAGCUGGGGAGGCUGGCGUUCAAACAUCUGGAGGAAGGAAGGCUAAAUUUUCUGAGUGUGGACUUACAAAGACUCAUUGUAAAGCUGUGGCCUCAGCUCUGAAGUCAAACCCAUCAAAUCUGACACAACUGGACCUGAGUGAAAACGACCUGCAGGACUCAUCAGUGAAGUUUCUGUGUGCUGGACUGGAGAGUCCUCACUGUCAACUGCAGACUCUGAGAUUAAGUUGGUGCAGUUUGUCAGAGAUCAGCUGUCAUUCUCUGGUCUCAGACUGAAGUCCAACCCGUCACAUCUCACAGAACUGGAUCUGAGCUGGAACAAGCUACAGGAUUCAGGAGUGAAGCAGCUGUGUGGAUUUC